UUACAUAAACAGAUGUCAGGAAGGGUUCAUAGCUAAAACCUGAAUUCUAAUAAUAAAACAUGUAAAACUAAAUAAGAGAUUGUGUUACGUACUCACAGAAAUAUAGAAAUCUGUUCUUUUUUAUUACUGCGAAUAAAGAACGGUACGUCGUUAUUUAAAAACAAACAAAGUGUUAUAAAAACGUGUGCUAGAUUAUUUAGACACACAGGCUUCUAUUCAUCUGAAUUAGAACCAUGUUCACCUACUGUACUGUGAUAAAUGUAGUACAGUCACACCUCUGUCAUUUCAAUUCGCCACUAUUAAUACUAGAGGGUUUUUAAAAAUAUAUAUUUUACUUCCAGAAAUAUCAUGAUUUAAAUUGAAAUAAAAAGGCUCUCCAAUUAUUUCCCUGUUGCCUUAUGGUCUUGAAUGUGUAACCGUGUACUGUUAUUGUAAGCAUACACCACUUGCAUGGUCAAAUUAAUUAAUGAUAGCGGCAUAGUAUUCUUUCCGGGUAAUUCAUGAAUCGAUUACUGAUAAAUAAAUACAUAAAGGAGACAUGUUAUUCUUGUGAUAAUAAGCAUUAUCCUUACUGUAGUACGCAAUAUUUCCAUAACUGUAGUGAUGUAAGGUGGUAAGAGUUACUGAAUGUGAAACAGUCUCCAUGGAAAUAUACAAACAACUGUAAGCACACCUUGCAGGCAUCCUUUGUUUCCUGAAAAUGAAUAUCUAUUAAAAGACAGGCUAAUGGAUUACAUUACUGACAAUACAUUGUUAUUUUACUGGGCUAGGAACACUACAAAAUUGUGCAGGUUUUGAGAAAUCUAAGAUCUUCCUGUACAGUGUGAAAUUCAGUGAGCUGCCUUUAAAACAAUGGUGUAGUCAUGAAGAUCAUAGAUGGGAAGAUUUGGGGAUUGUUGUGCAGGAAUAACACAAGGGAUAUGGAAAUAUUUAUUUGAAUGGAUGUAAAGAAAUAAUAAAUCAUAAUAAUUAAAAAUGAUUGGUUCCUGUUUCUAAGGUGUAUACAGAAAAUUGAAUACUGACAUAAAAAAAGGAAUGAUGUUUUCAACAUUUAUUGCAUUCUUUGUUUUUAUAGAAGAAAGUAAUAUAUUUCUGGAGGAUUCAAAUGUUUUUAUUUUCUUUUUGAGUUUAUUAACCAGGCCCAUGUUUAUAUUUUUAUCAAGCAGCAUUUACUGAAAAAUGACAGACAGGUUGUUAACCUCAUUUAGUGUCUUGGACAGCUAUUCUCGAAAGGUCUUGAGCAAACAUUCCAGGGUGAGUAUCAUACAUUUCUGUUUGCAGCACACAAGAUACUAAUAUAGAGGAUAAGACAAGAGCAGCUAAAGAAAGUAAGUGGUGUGAGGUAUACAUUGUGUGUUAUCAGCAGUUCCUGCUUGAUCUCAUUGCACUGUUAUCAUGCAUAUCUAAAGGCAUAACAUAAUUAUUUCAAACAAGUUGCUUUAUAGUGUAACACUGAUUAUUGCGAAUGUAUGUGCUGGCCUGUUUAAUAUCUAUUUAUUUAAGCAAUAUUUAUUUAGUUUUGUUUUAUUCUUUAAGCUUGUUACUAUAUAGAAAUAGAUAUUGCUAUCUUGGUGUUUUGCCCAGAGCUACCCUGUCUUCCAUUUUUGUUGCCUUCCCUGCGUACUUGGACUUACACAAAGGUCUAACAAAUGAGAAAUACAGGUUUCAGUACUGCUGAUAAAUUACAUGUUUUUAAUAUUGCAAGUUCAAGAUAUUCACAGUCUUGUUUUUUAGGGUCGUCAGCUAGGAGUGGCGCAAGGAAAGCGCCCUGCUGUGACUUGUGAAAUAUGCUCCCAAUUAACGAAUGACUAUGACUGGGAUUUUGACUUACCUAGUACUAAAAGAACUGAACUAUCCAAACCUAAAACUGUCAAGCAGAUUAUAAACGAGGAGCAGAAAAUGGUUCAUAAAAAAAUAAGGUCAUCAGUACCUAGGAUAACGUCUGCAUUAGCUCCAGUGACAAUAUCCCAUGAACAAUACAGUGGCAAUACACUUAACAUCUGGCCAUUCAGCAACCCUGAAGAUCAAGCUGGUAGGAAUUCACACCAGAAAGGCAACAAGAGAAGCAAUGAAGAGGGAUUCAUGAUAAUUAAAGUAAAAAAAUCUCAAACCGCACCCUCAAAAUUAGGAACAUCUUCCUUGAGAAGACUGAACUGGGCAAAAGAGGUUGAAAGGAUCACGCCUUUGGAAGUUUUAAGCAAAGUGGACAGCCAGGCCCAGGUUGGGGGAGUGCUUGGUUUCACAGACAUUUCACACUGGUAUUCAUUCACAGGAAACAGGACCCGAACCUUGGAGACACCCGCCAGUGUUUUCACAGGGGAAGCUGACAGUCAAUAUAAUAUUCCGGAGUCUGUUGGAAGCUCAGUGGCACGUCAUGUACAGUAUGGCAGUGUGGACCAGGUCGGCUGGAAUGGAAUCUGUACAAGGACUGAAGAAAAUUGUUCUGCAAAGUACUCACAGCAAGAAAAUCUGCGUAACAUGAAAGAAUUUGAUUCAGAAGACAAGCCAUUGGGGGUCCCUCUCUGCAUUGAGGAUGAGCUUGAUAACAAAUCUGCGAGGAUACUUUCACCAAAACCUCAGAAACUAUAUAUACCUCAUCUGAGCAUUAGUGAAACACAUCCGGUGGUGUAUCAUAAGGAAUAUCAAUAUAAACCUUUUAACAGCCAAAGCUCUCAAGCAAGUGAACAUAAUGAAUCUUCAAAUAAAAGAAUAGAAAUAAUGGCAAAAGACAAACACGAAAACCAGUAUUCUGUUACCGGCGUGUCCCUGUACAGCAAAGAGGGCCACAGGCAUGGUAAGGCAAUGGAGAAGGAAGAAGUGAAAAGCAGUGUGGCCCUGAUGGUAAAAUCAAAGUCGAUUAAGAAAGUUAACAUUCAAGCAUUAUCCGCUAUUGGAACGACUAGUAAAACUUCUGACUUUGUCGAAGGGCUUCCUACUGUUCAACCUGCAAGUUGUAUUUCUCACAAUGUGGUUCCUUUAACCAAAACCCCUCUGAAGUCUGUCACUGCUAUAACAAGUAUGAAUAAAUCACCUUUAGAUGUCGGUCAAGUAAAAAAUGGAAUUAAUCCGAAAAAGAAUUCAGAAGUUGAAGUGCUUUCUACUAGGUAUUUAAAAACAAUGCCAUCACCUUCCUACAAAAAUAACUUUGGAAACCGGGCACAGAAAAUCCCUUACAGUAAAUACCAAACUGCAGAUCAGGAGCCAAAAAUGGACUUUAUAAUGAUUUCAAAACCACUGAAACAACCUCCAUUUGAAAAGGUUUCGUUAUCUAGCAACAUAUUCACUAACAGCAAAGGCUGCCCUUUGGAGCAGACUUUAUUGCAAGAGACCAUGGAAGAGUCAGCAAAUGACACAUUUGUAGUUCAUCAGCUUGUUUCCAGGCCGAGCAGCUAUAAUGAGAAGAAAAAAAGAAGAAAGCCUGUAUCUGAAUGGGACAGACAGGAUUCCCAGACUGCCAAACCCACACUUGAACCUUCAGCUGAGGAGAACACAGAGACAAAACAGACAGGUUCUGUUCCUUCAGAUACAGAAAUGAAUUAG